AUGGACCCACGGUUCCACAAUCUUCACGAGGAGCUCAGAUCUGUGCUCUUCAAUGGCUUGUCCCAUCUCUCUCCUACUCAACCGCGUAUCGUCCAGGUUGGCGCCUCGGAAGCAUCAUCAAGCUUGGACUUUUCAUCCGCAACGGUCAAGAUACCGCAAGAGCGCCUUGUGCAAUACCUUCAAAACUGGAUCACCGAGUGCGCGCCACAGCUGGACAAGUUUGACGAAGAGCAACACUUUCAGAUCGAAGUCCCUCUUGUCGCGCAAAGGUCUCCUGCUCUACUCUAUGCCAUCUUGGCCUUUUCGUCGCGACAGAUGGAAAGAAGAGGUAUGGUGCAAGGAUGCUACGACAGCCUCGAACUAUAUCAAGAGAGUAUAAGAUUGUUGGCGCCUGCACUCCAGGCCAAAGACCCAGUCACCUUGGUGACGGCAUGCGUUCUCGCCGUCUUUGAAUUGAUGUCUAGCGAAACAGGAAACUGGAAACGCCAUGUCGAAGGCUGUGCUUCGCUGUUCGAAGUCUUUGGUGUCAAUGGCUUCUCGGGCGGUUUGCUGCAAGCCGUGUUCUGGACGUACGCUAGAAUGGAACUGUGUGGGAGCUUUACCUCUGAUGGCGCCGAAACCAUGGUUCUCGAUUUAGGGAAGUGGGCACCUGAUCUGAAUCGAUCUGUAGUAUCGCCAGCAGAUGGCGAAGAGUUUGUAAGAUCGUUAUUUCACGAAAAGAGUCGAGAGUCCCAUGAUGCGCAUGCCAAUUGGGCGAUAUACCUAUGCGCAAGAGUAUGCGAUCUAAAAUUUCGCAGAACGAGUUAUCUGGAGCUUGGUCGAACCGACUUUAGCGACAAGAGACCAUUCUCGCAACAAUGGCAACAGCUUUGGCUAGACCUGCAGUUCUGGCUUGACGAGCGUCCUGCGACUAUGAGACCAAUUUCUCUUAUCGAUGAAGACGCCGAGCUCAAUUUUCCAUCCAUCAUCUUUCCACAUUGGGCGGCGAUAUCAAGCAACCAGGUAUACCACGCUGCCUGUAUUUUGAUGCUGGAGAUGCAGCCACCGGGGAGUAGUCUUGAUCCUCGGACUCUGUCGCUUUGGCAUGCGAGGCAAGUUUGCGGCAUUUCGUGUGCGAAUCCACAUCCAGGGAGUAUGGUGAACUCGAUCCAGCCUCUCUACAUUGCAGGUAGGCUACUCACUCACGGUACUGAGCGACAGAAGAUAGCUCAACUGUUAGAUAGUAUAGAGCGCGAGACUGGGUGGGCGGCUUUGUGGCGGCUCAGAGAUCUCGAGGUUGAAUGGGGAUACGAGGGUGUAGUUGACUGGGGCCAUGUUUGA